UCAUCUAAUUUUAAAAAAAUACUAAACGAUAUGUUCAAUAAAUUGUUGCGGGAAGAGACAGAUUUUACACAGAAAGGUUCUGGAUGGACGCUUAAGGUAAUAGAAACAUUACAGUUGAGAAUCAAUAUAGUGAAUCCUCUUAAAGGAGGAACAUAUAUUGAUUUACCUAAGCAUAUUAAAGAUAAAAGAGCGAUUAUUAAUGUGAAAAAUAGUGAUAAUAAAUGUUUUAAAUAUGCAUUAUUAUCCAAGUUUGAUAAUCGCUCUAAUAAAACUAAUUUUCAUGAAAAAUAUUUUAAGAUGUUAGAGUUAAAAAGUAGUUUAAAUUUUAAAUGUGUUGAUUUUCCAACACCAAUCAGUCAGAUACCUAAAUUUGAACGUAUAAACAAUAUUUCAAUAAAUAUUUAUAGUUUGAAUGACAAAAAAACUAUUUUUCCCUUGUAUGUAUGUAAUACCGAAAGAAAUGAUCAUUUUGACCUAUUUUUGUAUAAUAAUGAUGAAACAUCACAUUAUUGUUAUAUUCAUAAUUUUUCAAGAUUAAUCAGAAGUCAGAAAACGAAAAAUUGUUCGAAGCUAAUUAUUUGUAAGAGAUGUUUCACAACUUUUGGUACUCAACCGUGCAAAAGUAAGCUUUGGGGUGUAGAAGGAUUAAAUGAACAUCGACGCAAUUGUGGAAAGAAUCCGUUGGGGAGGCCUAUAAUGUUUGAAGAGGGGGAUGAUGAUUUCAUCUAUUUCAAAGGUUAUAAAAAAACGCAGAGGAUUCCAUUUGUCAUUUAUGCAGAUUUUGAAUGUAUAUUAACUCCUAAACAACCUAAUAAAUUCAUUAAUAGACGUAAAAAACAAAAAAAUCAGAAAACUCAUGUUACACAUUUACAUGAAAUUAUGAGCUAUGGGUUUUAUGUAAAAGUUGACUAUAGUAUUAUAUCGAAAGAGCUGGUAAAACAGUUUGAAAUUCCGACGAAAGUAAUUAUUUAUAGAGGUAAGAAAGCUGCAAAAAAAUUUAUGAAAAAUAUGAUCGAUAUUGGAAAUGAAAUUAAUAAAAUUUAUCAAAUUAAUACACCGAUGGACAAAUUAACUGAUAAAGAGGAACAACGUUUUCAAAGAACCAAGUUCUGUCAAAAAUGUUCAAAACAUUUUAAAAACAAUAAUUUGGUUAAAGUUCGAGAUCACUGUCAUUUUACUGGCAAAUAUAGGCAAUGUCUCUGUCUUCAAUGUAAUUUCGAAAUAACUAGUCCAUCGUUCGUUCCAAUAUUCUUUCAUAAUUUAUCUUAUGAUAGUCACUUCAUAAUUCGGGAACUAGGUUGCGAUGAUAAAGAUAUUCAUAUUAUUCCUAAUUCAUCGGAAAAAUAUAUAUCCUUUAGCAAGGAAAUCGCACCUAGAUUUAGUAUUAAAUUUGUCGAUACAUUCCGUUUUAUGAGUGAGUCGCUAAGUAAACUUGCAGCCAAUUUAUCUGAAGAUAAGUUGAGGUUUAGAGAAACCCUAAAAAUAUUUUCAAUCAAAUCAUUAGAUUUAGUUACACGGAAAGGAGUCUUCCCUUACGAAUAUGUCGAUAGUUGGAGUAAAUUAGACAAUGCUUUUUUACCAUCAAAGCUUGAAUUUUAUAACUCGUUAACAGAUGAACAAAUUAGUGAUGAAGAUUAUAGACAUGCAAAAAAUGUAUGGAAUACAUUUGACGUAAAGACUUUGGGUGAAUAUAGCGAUCUUUAUUUAAAAACUGAUGUUACCAUACUAGCUGACGUGUUCGAAAAUUUUAGAGACAUAUGUUUAUCUACUCUCAGAAUAGAUCCUGCUCAUUAUAUGACUGCCCCUGGAUUUGCUUUUGAUUGUAUGCUUAAGUAUACAAAGGUUAAAUUAGAGAGGUUAAAGGAUUAUAAUAUGUUACUCUACUUCGAAAAAUCAAUCCGAGGCGGUAUUUGUCAAUCAACUAAAAGAUAUGCUAAAGCAAACAUACCAAAUAUUGAAGGAUUGGACUAUAAUUCGAAUGAACCGAUUACUUGGAUUACAUAUCUCGACUGUGUAAAUUUAUAUGGAAAGUCUAUGUUGACAGAACUACCUUUUAAAGAUUUUGAAUGGGUUGAUGAUCUCGACAUAGAUGUAACUAAAAUUUCUGAAGAUUCUGAAGUAGGAUAUAUAUUAGAAGUUGAUAUCGAGUACCCUAAACAUUUACAUAAAACCCAUAAUGAUUUUCCGUUUUUACCGUUUAACGAAUGCCCACCAAAUUCGAAAGUUGAGAAAUUGUUAACUACUCUAUCACCGAAAAAAAACUAUAUUGUACAUUACAAAAAUUUAAAACAAGCGAUUUCUCACGGUCUUAAAUUAGUAAAAAUUCAUCGAGCUAUCCGCUUUUCACAAAAAAAAUGGAUGGCAUCAUACAUUGAGUUCUGUACAAAAAUGAGAGCAGAAGCAAAAAAUGAGUUUGAAAAAAAUUUCUGGAAGUUGUUAAUUAAUAGCGUUUUUGGUAAAUGUAUGGAGAAUGUCCGAGCAAGAACUUCUAUAAAACUGGUUUCAUCAGAAAAAAAAGCGAAUAAACUAAUGACGAAAACUAGUUUUAAAGACAGAACUAUAUACUCUAAAAAUCUCAUGGCUAUUCACCAACAUAAGGAAACUAUUAAAUUCGAUAAGGCAAUUUAUGUAGGAUUUGCAAUUUUAGACGUUUCGAAAACAUUUAUGUACGAUUUUCACUAUAAUGUCAUGAAGAAAAGGUAUGGUACUAAAAUUAGUUCUUUAUACUCGGAUACUGAUUCCUUGAUAUACGCUAUUCAAACUACAAAUUUUUUCAAUGAUUUAAAAAAUGAUUUAUUACCAUAUUUUGAUACAUCUAACUAUCCCAAAGACCAUUAUUGUUUUAGCGAAUUACAUAAAAGUCAGCCAGGCUUUUUCAAGGAUGAAUUGAAAGGAAUUAUACUUAAAGAAUUCGUUUCAUUAAGACCGAAAUUAUAUGCGUACAAAACUGUAGACGGUACUGAGGAAAAAAAAGCAAAAGGCGAUAAAUUAACUCACAGGGUCAUGAAUUUUAUCCAAUCAAACAAACAUGUUGUUCAAUCGAAAACAAUGAACAAACUUGUUCUAAGCGCUAAUGACGAUAAACGUUAUAUAAAUGACGACGGGAUAAAUACUUUGGCUUAUGGUCACUACAAACUAGAUAAAUUAUAUAAUUAA